CAACUCCCGCUCCUCUUACUCUGCCUCUGGCACCAUGAUCCCCUGGUUACCCAAGUGCCACAUUGUCAUGGGGGCUGUGCCGAGGUGGACUCCAUGACAGAGGCAGUGGCCAGGGAGAGCUUCCUCAUGGGCUGCAUCUCCUGUAAGAGGAGAGAGGAGGUCCAGGCCUAUACCACGGUUGACUGGCACUUCAGAGCCACAGGAGAGGAGGAGUACAUCCACAGCUUUCACUAUGACCACCCACACCCCAACACCCUCCAUGAGGACUUUAAUGACCGGCUAGAGUGGCAGGGAACGAUGGGGAGUAAGGACGUACAGAUAGGAGCCGUCUUCAUUCACAACGUCACGUUUAACGACACGGGCACCUACCGCUGCACCUUCCAGCGCACCCUCUACCUCACAUUGGAUAAUGAAUAUAUCACAGUGAAAAAGGAGAUGGAGCUUACUGUGGUGGCCGAAGCCAAUCGGGAGCUGUUGUCGGUGGUGUCAGAGAUCAUGAUGUACGUGCUGAUCGUGGUGCUGCAGCUGUGGAUGAUUGUGGUGCUGAUCCACUGCUACAACAAGAUCUGGGCUGAACACGAGGCGCGGGACGCCCGCAAAGCCUUGAGGGCCCAAGAACUGGCCCUAAUAAACGAACCUUUAGACUCAAAGGUCAGUUGUGGUGGAGUGCUUCUGGAGUGACUUGUUACGGUAAACAUCAAAGGUGGAGAACCCAGUCACAAGCAAUUGUUACCACUACGCUACAAGGCUAUUACAUCAUAGAAACAUAAUUUGAAUGUCUUAGCAUAGUGUGUAACACAUGCAGUUUACAAUGUACUUGAUUUAUUGUACGAGGUAGUUGCAGCUGGUGUGAGUGGUGAUUAGAUUGACAGGUGGUGCCGAAUAGACUUAGUGUGUCAAGUCAACAGAGAAUGUCAUCACGUGAUGGAUCAACAGUUCUGACAAAGCUCUGAUUACAGAUGGUUCCACCUACGCUACAUAGAACGCUUUGGCAGGAACAACUGCGCAUCUACAUAGAUAGAUCUCAUCUGCGACCAUGUUGUUACAGUUUUUUUUAAUCGCUUUGGUGCUAUUUUCACAACUCUUAAUCCAAAACUCCAAGCUGGUCACACUUGUAAUGCAGCAAGUCUCAUUCAAAACCUGUCAUUGUGAGUUCAUUUGGAUUAUAAACAUAUCUCACCACACCAUUGACUCAAGUUUAUUGUGAAAUGUAACGAGAAUUGGUUUAAAUCACCAAAACACAACGAUAUCUUUUCAAAUGAGUCGUUGUAAUUACCAGUUAAUCCAAUAGCAAACCAUGCAAGCUACAUGUUUCAAAUCGCAAGAUACGUGUUUCAAAUCGCCCUUAGAAGUGCUGAUUGCAUCAUAGAUAUACUGUCUGUAAUCAAAUGUAAGAAAUUAAAUGAAAAUAAAACAACGUUUAGCAUGCAUUCAUUUGCAUCAAGCCUGUCUUGAGCAUUUGGCCAUAAAUUCUCAUCCACAAGUGAAUGUCAUUGUUCAUGCAUUGCGGUAAAAAUCUUUUGGUAAGGCAAAUCCAAGCUUGAUAUUGGUCUGCAUUGAUGGUGUUACAUGCCUCAUCCAUGGCCAGAAGGAGGGUGGCACGCUCAUGGGGAAAGUAAUCGUACACCUUCUGUUAUGUUUGUUCCUUAUAUAAUGACAAACCGUGGCGUAGGUUUAACUACUUUUAAUGAACAUAUACUUCAGCUAGAAAACUCCAUGUUUAGCCAUGCAAGGCAUUCUUUAACCAUUCACUUCCCGCAUAGCCUGCUGGGUAACGUAGUCUAAAUGUUAUUAACACAUAACAACACACGUUCCACCUCCAUGCUGAAAAUAAUUCCUCAAUAAGGUUGAGGAAAAGAGAGUAUGGGAGCAGGUAUAGGCUCACAAAUCAAAUUGUAUUGGUC